CUGGUGCGUGGAAUAAUGUUCUUGAUCCACCCAUAUGCCUAUAAAAAUCGAUCAUCUACAGAAAGUUAUACAGGCGAAAAACACAAUAGUAAACUUGAAUCCCUCUCUUAGAAAUAGUUGUGUUGGCAAUUAUGGGUGCUUAUAAUAGUCUGCUUGUGCAAGUCAUAUGUGUAGGCGUAAUAUUAUUAUCUGGAUUGGCAACUGCAGCACUUGCAGCAGCAGAAGCUAAUGGAUCAGCCCUCCCUAACUGCCCCAACCUGUGUGGAGAUGUUGAAAUUCCAUUUCCAUUUGGCACAGCUGAUGGUUGUUACCUAAAUCAAAGCAACAGCUUUUUCAUCGACUGUAACCAAUCGGCAGGCCGACACCAACCAAUGACGGGAAACGUUGUUGUCCAGAGCAUUUCCUUACAAGGCCAGCUUGACAUCUUGACGUUCACUGCCAACAUUUGUUACAGUGAAUCAGGUAGGCGUUUGGGCUUUUGGCGCUCCACUUUUCUAACCUCCUCCACUUUCACCAUUUCUAGCACCCAAAAUGUGUUCAUGGCAAUUGGCUGUGACACCUAUGCAUUCCUUAAUGGUGAGCAGAACAAUGGAAACUUCUCCAUGGGCUGCAUGACGAUAUGUAGAAAUCAAAGUAAUGUUUUGGAUGGGACAUGCUCUGGAAUCGGUUGUUGCGAGGUAGAGAUCCCAGAAAGAGUAAGCAAUUUCAAUUUCACAGUCAAGAGCUUCAAUAAUCACACAAAAGUAUGGAGCUUCAAUCCAUGCGGCUAUGCCUUCGUUGUUAAAAAAGACAAGUUCAGUUUCUCCUCCGCUUAUCUUUCCAAUCCCCAAUUUAAUGAAACCGUCCCGAUGGUUCUUGAUUGGACGAUCCGUGAUAAAAGGUGUGAGAAUCCUGCAAACAAGUCGGAUUACAUAUGUGGAGGGAAUAGCACAUGUUAUAGUCCUACAAACGGGUAUGGGUAUCGUUGCAAAUGUGAUGAGGGUUACGACGGGAACCCUUACCUUCCUACUGGUUGCAAAGAUGUUAACGAGUGCCGGCAUCCAAAUCUCAAUAAUUGCACAUCACCCAAGAGAUGUAUUAACACUGAAGGGAAUUAUACAUGUUCUUGCCCCAAGUGGCACAGUGGGGACGGAAGAAAAGAUGGUGAAUCAUGCACUUUGAAUCUCGGAUUUGUGAACAAGAUUGCCAUUGCUGGUGGUGUAGGCUUUAUAGUACUGCUAGUCUCUAUUUCUUGGAUGUAUUUGAUAAUCAAGCAAAGAAAGAUAAUCAAGCUUAGAGAAAGAUUCUUUCGCCAAAAUGGUGGAACACUUUUAUGUCAACAACUUUCAAGUCAAGAAAAUUCAGUUGAAACAGCCAAAAUUUUUAGUGCAGAAGAGCUCAAAAAGGCUACCAACAAUUAUGAUGAGAAUCUAAUCAUCGGCCAAGGAGGGUUUGGUACAGUUUAUAAAGGACUUUUAUCCGAUGAUAGAGUCGUGGCAAUCAAGAAGUCCAAACUUGUGGAUAAGAGCCAAAUUGAGCAGUUCAUCAACGAGGUGCUUGUACUUUCUCAAAUUAACCAUAGAAAUGUUGUUAAACUCCUAGGUUGUUGUUUGGAGACAGAAGUUCCUUUACUAGUCUAUGAGUUCAUCUCCAACGGCACUCUCUUCGAGCACAUACAUCAUAAGGGUAGCUUGUCACCAAUUUCAUGGGAGACUCGUCUUAAGAUAGCUGGAGAAACAGCAGAGGCGCUAUCUUAUUUGCACUCUGCAGCCUCUCCACCUAUAAUUCAUAGAGAUGUCAAGUCUUCAAACAUAUUACUAGAUGGUAAUUACACAGCGAAAGUGUCUGAUUUUGGAGCCUCAAGAUUGAUUCCAUUACACCAAAUAGAAGUAGCUACAUUAGUACAAGGAACUCUUGGAUACUUGGAUCCUGAAUACUUGCAAACUAGCCAAUUGACUGUGAAAAGUGAUGUUUAUAGCUUUGGCGUCAUCCUAGUAGAGCUACUAACUGGAGAAAAGGCACUUUCAUUUGAUAGACCUGAGGAGCAGAGAAAUCUGGCUAUGUAUUUUCUUUCCGCUAUUAAAGAGGAUAGACUGUUUGAAGUUCUAGAGCAGAAUCUUGGGAUUGAAAGAAAUGAGAAGCAGCUGAAGGAAGUGGCUAAUCUUGCAAGCAGGUGCAUCAAAGUAAAAGGGGAAGAUAGGCCUAACAUGAAGGAAGUAGCGGCUGAACUGGAAGGUUUAAGAAAGAUUGACAAGCAUUCUUGGGUUAACGUUGGUUCCAAUUCAGAAGAGACAGAGAAGUUGCUGGGGGAGACAUCUGAUCCUUAUAAACAUGAUGCUACUAUUAAUAGCAGUGUUGUAUAUGAUAGCAUGAAGGACGAUGCGAUAGUAGACUUUGAUGAUGCGAGAUGAUAGGAGUUUCUUCGUAUAUCUUCUUUUGGGAUACCAUGUUGCAUUUGAUGUUGUCUGGUUUUUCUGUGUCAAAUCAUGUUCUUGUUUAGAUUUUAUUUCUGUACCAUUGUCACUAAUCUAGACAUGUUAGAUUUCUGUCGUGAGAUCAGACUUAUUAUAAAUAUCAUGAAAAUGGAUAAAAAUAGAGAGCAAUAGAUAGUGUAUUGAAAGACGUGCAAACAAUUAUUGUAAUAUUUUUCUCUAGACCUGUUGGUAGAUUACUGUUGUUAUGGCUCUGUUUUUACUAA